CAAAGGCAAUGCCUUCAAUUUAUUUAACGACAGUUGAAGAUUCAAAAACUAGUGUAGAUUCGAUUUCCGAAUUUAUUAAUGAAGUGACACGUUCAUACCUUGAAGCACAAAAAAAGGAUAAAAUACGUGCGAGAUACGAACGUACUGACGGAUAUUGGUAUAGAGUACAAAGUUUAUCAUCGAUUAGAGGAUUGGAAACGGUAGCUUUAGAUGAAAAACAAGAACAAUUAUUGAAAAAGGAAUUGGAUACAUUUGUUAGUGAUAAAGAAUUCUAUGGAAGGAUUGGUAUGCCUUAUAGGCGUGGAUUUCUUUUCUUUGGAAAACCGGGGACGGGAAAAACCAGUUUGAUAAACGCAAUAUCUUCACAUUUAUCACGUGACCUUUAUUAUAUUAAUCUUAAAAAUAUAACAAGUGAUAAUGAAAUGAGUGCAGCAUUUAGUUCAGUACCAUCUAACCAAAUAAUUAUCCUCGAAGAUGUUGAUGCACAAUCAAAAAUUCUUCACAAAAGACGUAGUGAUGAUGUUGAUAAAUUUUCCAAAGGAAUUUCGUCCGACGACAAUAAAGGGGGUAAAGGAACCGGAUCAGGAUUUUCUAUGAUUAGUUUAUCAAAUUUCCUUGGAUGUUUAGAUGGUCAUGUAUUAUCUGAAGGUAAUAUAAUAAUUAUGACCACAAAUCAUGUUGAACAUCUAGAUCCUGCUUGCAUUCGCCCUGGUCGUAUGGAUGUACAUUUGAAUCUCGAAUAUUGCACACAUUAUCAAAUAAGAAAAAUGUAUCGCAGUGUCGUUGAAAAUCAAAAAGCAGAAUUUCCUGAGGAUGUUUUACAAAAAAUUCCAGAACAUUUAUUACCUCCCUGUGAAGUUAUGAUGACUAUGGUGUUGUACAGAAAUGAUAUCGAUCUUAUCCCUGAAAAAGUUUUAGGGUUGGUUGAGAAAUAUAGAGAUAUGAACCCUGAAGACAUUGCAAAACAGAUGGAAGAAGAAGCACGCCGAAUUGAAGCUGCUUCUAAACUAGCCGAAAAUGAGAUUAAAUCUGAAGAAACUAAAUCCGAAGCAACUAAGUCCGAAGAAACCAAAUCUGAAGAAACUAAAUCUG